UUCUUUCCUUCCCUCUCUCUCAGGUACAUCUCCAGCCUCAAGACAUGUCCUGCAACACCCAGUGCCGGCCCUGCCAGCCCUGUGGCCCCACCCCGCUGGCCAACAGCUGCAAUGAGUGCUGUGUCAGGCAGUGCCAGGACUCCACCGUGUUCAUCCAGCCCUCUCCGGUGGUGGUGACCCUGCCUGGCCCCAUCCUCAGCUCCUUCCCACAGAACACUGUGGUGGGAUCCUCCACCUCUGCUGCUGUUGGCAACAUCCUCAGCUCUGAGGGAGUGCCCAUCAACUCCGGCGGCUUUGACCUCUCCUCCAUCACCAACCGCUAUGGUGGCAGCAGAUGUCGUCCAUGCUAAAGCCACUGGUGCAGCCUUCACAAGGACCCCCAGGAACCCAGAAGCUGAUGCUGGACUGAGGACAGACCUCCUGGCCAUCGAAUUCAGAGGUGCUGAGCAACCAAUGCUGCCCUUCUGAAGAAGGGCGGGUGGCGCUCUCUGAAACCAUGGCCAGUGUUUGCUUUCCCUGCCUUACUCUCUCUUCCACCUCUCUCUUGUCUUCCAUACUUCUGGACUGUAAGAUUUUCAGAGCCUCUCUGGGGGAUCUGCUAACCCCUGCCCACCGUAGGGCAGGCAGAUGGAUGUCCCAUUGGCUCUCCAGUGGCUCUCCAGUGCCUGUGCCAAAGUGGGCACAGACUUUCUGCAGUUGCAUGUGGUCUCUCACCACCACCACCAGUUUCCUCUUCUAUAAGGGAACUAAUUUUCCACUUCAAUGACAAUAAAGCUUUCUGCAU